AUGUCCCGAAUAACCUUCUCGGCUUCUGAACUACGGUCCGAUCAUGGCGCCAGGGACUCGCUGGAACUCGCUUCGCUCGCCUCCUCCUCUCCUGAAUCCGGUCUCGAGCUCUCCCGCACAUCCUCCCCCUCGGGCAUUUCGUCCUCGCGCAAGCUAUCGCUAGAAGACGAAGACCCCCUUUCUAACUCCAACCCAUAUGCGAAUCUCGGAUCCUCACGGCCGCGAUCUGGCCGGUCAUACUCUGUCUCUUCUGCAUUCGAUUUUGGAAGGAAUCUGUUUCCCUUAUCCCAAACUGCUGGUGGUUACGCUCCCUUGGGAGCUCCGUCUGCGCUUGACGGAGAAAGUGGCCUUGGUGACGGUUCGUUGGAAAGAAACAAGACUUUGACAUAUAUCAAUGGUCUCUCCCUGGUGGUGGGACUAGUGAUUGGCUCAGGGAUUUUUUCUUCUCCCAGUCAAGUGAACGCCAAUGCGGGAUCCCCUGGGGCUGCCCUAAUUGCGUGGCUUGUUGCUGGUCUACUGGCUUGGACCGGAGCUGCCAGUUAUGCUGAACUAGGUGGUGCUAUUCCUCUGAAUGGUGGCGCUCAGGCUUAUCUGUCUAAGAUAUUCGGAGAACUGGCAGGAUUUCUUUUCACUUGGUGUGCCGUCUUGGUGCUUAAGCCUGGCAGCGCAGCCAUAAUCUCAAUCAUAUUUGGCGAGUAUGUUGUUCGAGCAAUAUUGGGUGCCGAGGUCGAACAUAUCAAUCCAUGGGUAAAUAAAGGAGUGGCAUUUGGAGGUCUUUUUGUGGUGACUUGUCUAAAUUGUCUCUCUACCAGACUCGCUGCUCGUAUUGGCGACCUUUUUAUGUUCUUCAAGUUCGUGGCACUGGUCGGGGUUACCAUUAUUGGGAUUAUCGUUGCAGUUACAGGCCUUUCGUCCAAAGGGAGGGCGAAUGAAGAAUGGAAAACGAGCUGGUUUGAAGGCACGAACAUGGAUAUAUCCGGCUGGGCAAUGGCGCUAUAUGCAGGUCUUUGGGCAUUUGAUGGUUGGGACAACACAAAUUACGUGACGGGCGAAUUCAAGAAUCCAAAUCGCGACCUUCCGCGAGUGAUCCAUACUGCAAUGCCUCUGGUUAUCGUCUGUUAUCUGCUCGCCAACAUCUCGUACUGCCUGGUCCUUCCUCAGUCCACGAUGGAAGCCAGUAAUGCCAUUGCGGUUCAGUUUGGCGAUAAGGUAUUUGGAAGUAUAGGAGCCCUGAUAUUCGCGCUAGUCGUUUCUGCGAGCUGUUUCGGUGCUCUAAAUGCGACCAUAUUUACCAGCGGACGUCUGGUAUACGCUGCCGGUAAAGAAGGCUAUCUUCCUACAUUUUUCGGGAAUCUUUGGACUCAAGGCUCCUCUUCCAAUGCUGUGAACAGGCUUCAACACCGGUCGUGGGCGAGCAAAAUCGUGUCUCGUCUUUUCGGCAACGGAACCUGGAUCGGAUAUACGCCCAUCAAUGCUAUGGCGCUGAAUAGCACACUCACAUUGUUAUACAUCAUUGUUGGGGAAUUCAGCACCCUUGUUACAUUUUACGGUGUCGCAGGAUAUACGUUCUACUUCCUCACAGUGCUAGGCUUAAUCGUGCUCCGCGUUCGUGAGCCGCACUUGGAACGGCCGUAUAAGACCUGGAUUUCAACCCCGAUUAUUUUCUGCUGUGUCAGCCUUUUCUUGCUUAGUCGCGCCGUUAUUUCUGAGCCACUACAAACACUGAUUGUAGUAGCGUUCAUUAUUGCCGGAGUGCCAGUUUAUUUCUGGCGCAUCUAUAAACGCGAUGGCAAAAAGGCGUUCCGGGGAUGGAAAUUCUGGUAA